AUGACCAACCAUAACAACAACCACAACCCUAGCAACAAUAAAAUCAUCCACCACCGCCUCCUCCCCUCACCCACCACAACCACCACCACCACCACCACCCGUUCUAACUCCACCAUCCAAGCCUGCGCCGCCUGCCGUUACCAACGCCGGAAAUGUGCCCCAGACUGUAUUCUCGCUCCUUACUUCCCCCACGAUCGGCAACGUCAGUUCCAAAACGCUCAUAAACUAUUCGGUGUAAGCAACAUCACGAAGAUUAUUCGUCACCUGGAUCAACCACAGAAAGACGAAGCCAUGCGCACAAUUAUCUACCAAUCCGACGUUCGUGCUCAAGACCCUGUGGGUGGAUGCUACCGAAUCAUCCGGGAACUCCAUCGUCAAAUCGAAAUCUCACGAACCGAGCUUGAAAUCGUUCUUCAACAGCUCGCAUAUUUCCGGACACUUGCUGUGCAGAACCAGACACAAACCCAACCACAAUUUAAUCAUGAUCAGAUCCUUCUCGAUGAGGUCGAUUGCGAUAUUCAUCUCGUUAACAAUCCAGACGUCGACGCACAUUUGUGCGAUGAUUCUCAUUCUUCCGUUGAUCGUCUUCAUCGUCGAAAUAGUUUAGAUCUUGACCUAGACAACAUACCUUUACCACAACAUGAACAAAAAGAUCACGAUCAAUAUGUUUCAGGGAAACAGGAUACUACAGGUUGGGGAGAUGAUAAUGUGGUGGUGCCGGUCCAAUCAUGGGCCGCCGUACAUGAUUCGCCGCCGCCGUCGUCUGGCAAUUGCUUUGAUGUCAAGCCUCAACCGUUUCAGACCUUACAUGCUUCAGUAUGUGAUGAUUUCAAAUCGCUUCUACUCAAUGAUAUACCACAUGAAGAAAAAUUCCAAUUCAAAGAGACAAACGAACAAAGUGAUGAGAGUUUAUUCAACGAAGAAAAUCACAAUGAAGAUCAUGAGGUUACACUCAAAGAUUGUAAAGCUACUCAUAUUGAGGGAGAAUAAAUUUAGAUAAAAGUAUGACCAUUUGAGAACAAAUUCUUUAAUUCUUGUAUUUGUGCGAUGCAACGGCGAGGAUUACGAGGGGGUGAAUAGUUUUUUCAACGAUUAGUUUUUAUUUGACAGUUGCUAAUCGAUUAAAUAAUUUCUUUUUGGAAACAUGUUAUUUUAAAAUAUGCAAUGUAUUGACAAAUACCAUUUACCAUUAAUGUACAAGUUAUUAUAACCG